AGAGAGUAGAGGGGUCUGGUUGGUGAGGAGGAGGGGGUAAGUUGAGUUGGGACUCCGCUCCUCGGCUGGUAUCCCAGGAAUGUGUUGAUCAUGGCGGCCGCAGUGAAGCCCGUGAAGAGCGGACUGCUGGAGCUCCGCGUUACCGUGCACCACUGGAUCCGCGUGCUCGCCACUCUCAGCGAGGACUCGUUCACCGUGAGCCCCGGAGACACCGUCGAUGAGCCCGCGCCCGGUGGCGCUCUUAACGGCGAUCCGGCGAACCUCAGCGCCUCGCCGGUACCGGACACCAUCACGAACGUCAAACGAACCGUCAGAGUCACCAAACAAGAUGUUGGAGGACUCGGAAUAAGUAUUAAAGGUGGGAAGGAGAAUAAGAUGCCCAUCCUGAUCUCAAAGAUCUUUAAAGGACUGGCGGCGGACCAGACGGAGGCUCUUUACGUGAGCGAUGCCAUUCUGUCCGUCAACGGCUAUGACCUCAGAGAGGCCACUCAUGACGAGGCUGUUCAGGCCCUCAAGAAAACUGGCAAGGAGGUCAUUCUGGAAGUGAAGUAUAUGAAGGAGAUGUCAGGGUUUUUUAAGGGCGGAUCGACGACGGGACCCCCGGUUCUGGAUUCUCCUCCAGCCACCCCACAGAAACAGACAGACCCAGCGCUAAAAGAGACCCAGACCAUCCCGCUCCGAAUGUGUCACGUGACUCGCAAACAGUGUCCACCAGACACAGAGGACAGGUAUUUCGAGGUGGUGUCGUCAGACAGGAAGAAGUGUGUGUUUCUGCGGGCUAAAGAUCACGCCAUGGCUCAGGCCUGGUACAACAUCAUCCAGACGACCAGCGCAGUGUUACUGAGCAGCGCCAAAGCCCAGCUCACAGCCCUGCAGCCCGGUCUGGACAUCACACACAUCGGCUGGAUCAUCGAGCAGGUGAGAAACACACACACACACACACACACACACGAUGCAGCAGAGCCUGAUGACUGUGUGUGUGUGUGUGUGUCGCAGGGGUCAGAGCGGCCGAUCCUGGCGGUGUUGACGGACAGAGAUCUGCUGCUGUACACAUCUCUACCUGACAGCAAAGACACGCUCAACAGCCCAGACAAGAGCUAUCCCUUAAUUACCACCAGGUUGGUUCACUCGGGUCCGGGCCGGACUUCAUCGGUGCACGACUCUGAGCUGACGUUCGGUCUGCGUUUGGGCAGUAAACAGGGAGUGGAGACACAUCUGUUCAGAGUGGACACAGCUAAAGAUCUGUCCAUCUGGACACAGCUGCUGGUGGAGGGAUGCCACAGCGCCGCUGAGCUCGUGCAGGAGGUCACCACAGCGUGCAGCUGGAACGGGAAGUCGUGUAUGUUGAGCGUUCACAUAGACAAGGGCUUCUCUCUGUUCACGGAGGAGUCCGGCGUCCGGAGGAACGUCCUUCUCCAGCAGCCCUUCGAGCGUCUGCGCAUGUCCUCCGACGACGGCAUCCGCAUGAUCUUCCUCGACUUCGGAGGACCAGAAGCAGAGAUUCAACUGGAUCUUCAGUCCUGCCCUAAAACCAUGGUGUUCAUCAUUCACUCGUUCCUGUCGGCUAAGGUCAAGCGACUAGGGCUGUUAGCAUGAUGACCUUUAGUGACCGCUGCACAUCAAGCCAAAUCUUCCCUCACAGACUGUCAGCCAUUCACUGAUUAUUUCAUAACGCUGACCUUUCAUUCGUUAUCAUUUUAUUGGUUUGUAUCUCAAAUACAUACGCUAUGAGAGCAGCAACAGAAACACAACAAGAGAUUAACCUCUGUUCCACACCCUACAUAGGCAGCUGUCUACUAAGGGAGCGUCUAGACUGAACUGAUUUAUAAUACUGCAAUAGUACGUGUAAAAAUCUGCAUAAAAUAGUGCAUUGUAAAACAAAAAAACCAAGCUUGUUGCAGUGCAUUCUGGGAUUGCCUUCAAUGCAGACUAUACUCAUGAUGCCUUAAAAGUGCUGUCUAAGAAGGCAGCUCACUAGGUUUUGGAACAGAGCUGCUCUGAUUGUGAAAAGGGCUGAGAAGGAAAAUCUUAUAUAACGGUUGUUUCUAACUUGACUUCCUUCUGACUUUAAAUAUAACCUUUUAAGAAACGUCGUCUUCCAGAAUAUCUGCUUGGAAACUAUGCAUCGAGAGACUCGACCGGCCAAACCCUUACGAAAGAUAAUAAAGGCUAUAUACUAUAUAGCGAAUGUUUUAUUAUAAUUACUAAACUAAACAACUAAAACUCUGAAAUGAGAAUCAUAAUUCAGAUUUAGAGUUGGACAAACCUUCACUGAAAGUAGUUUAAAGUAGUAAUUAAUUUGAAAUAACUGUGUUAUACUGACCUCUAGUGGACAUAAUGAGCACACUGCUGACCUCUAGUGGACAUAAUGGACACACUGCAUACUAGAUUUACCACUGUUGAUGUUAACUUGGUGUUAAAUGAUGCACAAAUAAACAUAAAGUUAUAAAGUAAAUUCAGUUUUAGUUGAUUUAGUAAUUACUUUAAGACAGAACACACUGCGCUGAAUACUCUAUAUUAAAAUGCAAUGCACCUGAUCUCCCUUAUCCAGAUAAAUGCACCAGAAAUAUCAUUUUUAGAUGCCUAAAAGUGACAUUUUUACACAUGCUUGCAUUAAUAAUUCAUAAUAACUUAUGGGAUAAGCAGAUGCUGCGUGCUGAAACAUGUUUAUUGUUUGAAACAGCAGGAAGUGUGCAGUAUUGCAUUGUAAACACAGCCUCUUUUAUGCAAUAUCAUCACGUUUUGUUAUUUUGUUAUAUCUGACUGAUUUGUUUGCGUGUUGAUGGCGCUCUGAUGUAUUCCUCACAUUUUUACCAUGACGUUUGAGUUCUGCGACACGUGGACGACGAUAUGCAAGUGUUUUCUGCUCAGAGAGGGACUUUUACAGCCGGAAAAUAUCCUUCAUGUGGCCUUUUUAAAGCUCUACUAAAUUUUAAUAUAUUAUAAUGCAAACUAAACUGUAGUCAAACUAUGUUAGCUGUCAGACGGGAAAUCAUAUUAUAUCCUUAUUUAAACAAAAGAGUGCCUUUUAGGGUUGUUUGUAUAUAAAACUGCAAUAAAUAUAACUGUUGACUUGA